AUGCACCUCAAGGAUGACAAUGAUCAGGUUAGGACGGCUGCCAUCGAUGCCCUAAGCCACCGGCCAUGCUUAUCCGAGACAAUCGCCAAUAGGAUAGUAGCCAUACUUGAUGAACGCAACUCCACCAAACAGGCUGCUUUGCAAGCGCUCAAACAUCUGUCCAAUUUACCGAAAACAGCCCUUGACAAGAUAGCGGAUUGUAUCAAGAAUCGAGACCCUUUAAUCAAAACAGCCACUAUCAACGCCCUAGGCGGCCGGUCAUAUCUGUCGUAUUCGCCAGAUAUCUUGAACAAAAUCGCGACCUACAUUCAUCACGCAGAUGCAGGAGUCGAGGUAGGAGUCACAGCAGGAGUCAUAGCAGCUGCCAUACAAGCAUUCAGCAUUGGUGACCUAUCGAUUUUAAAGGAUUGGCUUGAAGUGAUUGCGUUACGAAUCAAUGACGGCGACAAAGAGGUUCGAAAUGUUAUUGUUCAGGUCCUUAUUCGGCAGUCAGACCUAUCCGAGGAACACCUCAAUUUGUUAGCAGCCCGAAUCAACGAUGAGGACGAAAAAGUCAGAUUGGGAGCCGUUAAAUUCCUCGAGAGGCAGAAGACUUUGACCGACGAGACACUUCGAAUAAUGGCAUCGCAAAUCAUCAACCUGCUCAACCAGCGGGAAAUGUUACAUUCGGAGCUCCUCCUUCGUGGCCUUGCGCAUCGAUUUUUGCUCCCUUUGCUACUGCGAAGCUUCAAGACACACCUCGCAUGGUACUUCCGAGAUGGCGAGUCUUAUCUUGAGACAAACAAUGCGACCAAAAGCCGAGGCCGAUGUGAUGAGGUCGAUAUAGAGGUGGAGAUGGAAUCAGCUCGGGAAGAAGCUGGGAUGCCGCCUGUGGCAGUUUUGUAUUCUUGA